UGGCAAUUUUUGAGUUUGUAAACAAGUCAGGCUAGUUUGGAUACUAGUAAUUUUGCGUGACACUUAAGGUCGAACGUUUCAUUGUCUUCCAUGAAAUGACUUUUUAACAUGUCUCUGAAAUCCGAAAUGGUUAAACAGUGUAUAUUGCGAAGUAGAAAUUAUAAAUUUCGCGAUGUUCUGCUACCAGAUCAAGUCUCAGUAAUAGUUGGUCGGGGCCCUCAAACUAAAAUCAGAGACCGGAGGUGCUCAAAAAAUCAAGUCCAAAUUACGGCUGAUUAUGCUAAAAGCAAGGCUGUGAUUCAACAACUAGGACCAAACCCUUCAGAAGUAGAUAAUAAAUUAUUAGUAUGUGAAACUGAAGCUGAAGUUUCUGAUGGAGCAAGCAUCAAUCUUCUUGAAGAUGACCUGAAGUUCACUUUAGAGUUUUUAGAUUCAGAAUCUAAUAGUAGAAAUAAACAUAAACACCUUUCAAAGAAUUCUCCUGAUAAUACUCCCAAAAAACUCAAAAUAGAAAACUCUUCUGGAAAUGAAAGUAGUUUUUCUGCUUCUAACUUUCAAGAUUCUUCUCCAUCAACUUCAAAUGUAGUUAUAAGUAAUGAAGACGAACCUCAAACUGAAACUACUGAAGUAAAAGAAGUUCACGAUACCAAAUCAGAAAUGGAAAAUUUGCAUAAGAAUUUUAUGGAUGCCUUUAAUUCUUUGUUAACUGAAGAUCGCUGGGAAGAAUAUGAUCACAGUAAAAUGUUAAUAUUUACUCCAGCUGAUCUUAAACCCCAGAAAAAGGUAGCUGCAUUUGAUUUAGAUCAUACUAUCAUCUGUACUCAAUCAGGAAGGGUUUUUCCUACAAGUAUGGAUGAUUGGAAAAUAAUGUAUGCAGAAAUCCCUGGUAGGCUAAAAAAACUACAUGCAGAAGGUUAUAAAAUCGUGAUAUUUACUAAUCAGAAAGGAAUCUCUCGUGGAAAGACAUCCACUACUGAUUUUAAGUUAAAAAUUCGACGAAUUGUACAAAAAUUGGGUGUUCCUGUUCAAGUCAUGGUAUCCACUGGUUCAGGAAAAUAUCGAAAACCUAAUACUGGUAUGUGGGACUACUUUGUUCAGAAAUGCAAUCAAGGGAUGCCUGUUGAUAUAAAAUCAAGUCUUUAUGUUGGAGAUGCUGCUGGAAGGCCUGAUAACUGGGCUCCAAAGAAGAAAAAAGAUUUCUCAUGUGCUGAUAGAUUGUUUGCUUUAAAUGUUGGUUUGAAAUUUUCUACACCAGAGGAGUUUUUCCUAGGUCAGAAGCCUGCAAGUUAUAAAAUGCCUGUAUUUGAUCCUCGAAAUUUGAAAGCAACUGCACUUGCAAUAAAGCUUCAACCUCCUCCUACAGAAGAACUGAAUGCUAAUAAUAUCAUAUCAACUUCAUCAGAGGUUAUAGUGUUUGUUGGCUUUCCUGCUGCUGGAAAAACUCAUUUCGCCAGGACAUAUUUGGUUCCCAAUGGAUAUGUUCAUGUUAAUAGAGAUAUCUUAGGAUCAUGGCAAAAAUGUGUUUCUGAAUGUACAAGAUCUUUAAGCAGUGGUCUGAGAGUGAUAAUAGAUAAUACAAAUCCUGACUUCGAAAGCAGAAGCAGGUAUAUUGAAGUGGCUAAAAAAUUUAAAGUCCCUUGUCGUUGUUUUCUCUUUGAUUGCUCAAUAGAACAAGCAAAGCAUAACAAUGUUUUUAGAGAACUUCAAGCGCCUGAUGAAAAGCAUGUUGGAGUUAAUGAUAUGGUAUUGAACAGUUAUAAGUCUAAAUAUCAGGAACCAAGCAUGAAAGAAGGUUAUUCAGCUCUUGUGAAAGUAAAUUUUGUUCCCAGAUUUAAAAACAAGCAUGAAGAAAAAAUGUUUCAAAAAUUUUUGAUUGAAAAAUAAUAUUGAAAUUUUUAGUAUGAGCAUGGAUUAUAAAAGUCUAUUUAUUUUAUGUAA